AUGCGUUAUUGGAAGCUGCUGUGGGCGGCCGUUCUGGUGGCCGUGCUCUCCACGUGUCAUGCAGAUGCAAACCGUGAGAGAAGCAAACGUGCGAUAGAGAACAGCCCACAGUUUCAAGGUUAUAUCUAUGAACCGCCGUCUAAGCCUUUUACUUUACCCACUGAAGGAUCACGGACAAGUCUAGUGACGUUAAGGCCAACGACAGUGACAUUGCCACCGUAUACUUAUACUACUCCAAGGAUUCAAACAACGAUAAGAACAGUACCACCGCCACCAAGAACAUCAACACGUAUAGUGACAGAAGGAUAUACAUAUACAACUCCAAGAACUCCAUUCCCACCAACACCACCACCACCACCUAGAACACCGCCAACGCCACCACCACCACCAAGAACGUCAACAAGUGUGAUAACAGAGAGAUAUACAUAUACAACUCCAAGAACUCCAUUCCCACCAUAUACUUACACAACUCCAAGGAUUCAAACAACAAUAAGAACACUGCCACCGCCACCAAGAACGCCACCACCACCACCUAGAACGCCGCCACCUCCUCCGAGAACACCACCACCACCACCAAGAACGCCACCACCACCUCCGAGAACACCACCACCUCCUCCGAGAACGCCGCCACCACCACCACCAAGAACAACUGAAGGAUACGUUUAUUCAACUCCAGGAACAGAGUUUACAUUGCCACCAAGAACACCGCCACCAAGAACACAGCCACCAAGAACACAGCCACCAAGAACACCGCCACCAAGAACACCGCCACCAAGAACACCGCCACCAAGAACACCGCCACCAAGAACACCGCCGCCACAAACACAACCACCAUAUUUACCACCUGUUAAAACGCCGCCACCAUAUACUCCUCCCCCGAGGACACCACCUCCUCAAACUUUUCCACCAAUAACACGGCCGCCAUACACGCCACCGCCAUAUACCCCUCCCUCGAGAACACCACCUCCUCAAACUCCUCCACCAAGAACGCCGCCACCAUAUAUUCCUCCCCCGAGAACACCACCUCCUCAAACUCCUCCACCAAGAACACCACCACCAUAUAUUCCUCCACCGAGAACACCGCCACCAUACACGCGGCCUCCUCAAACUCCUCCACCAAGAACGCCGCCGCCAUAUACGCCUCCUCCAAGAACACCGCCUCCUCAAACUCCCCCACCAAGAACACCACCGCCAUAUACGCCACCGCCAUAUACUCCUCCCCCUAGAACACCACCUCCUCAAACUCCUCCACCAAGAACACCGCCGCCAUAUACACCACCGCCAUAUACUCUUCCCCCUAGAACACCACCUCCUCAAACUCCUCCACCAAGAACACCGCCACCAUACACGCCUCCUCCACAAACACCUCCACCAAGAACACCAGCAACAUAUUUACCACCUGUCAAAACCCCACCACCAAGAACGCCACCACCAUAUACUCCUCCCCCGAGAACACCACCUCCUCAAACUCCUCCACCAAGAACACCGCCGCCAUAUACGCCACCGCCAUAUACUCCUCCCCCGAGAACACCACCUCCUCAAACUCCUCCACCAAGAACACAGCCACCAUAUACGCCACCGCCAUAUACUCCUCCCCCGAGAACACCACCUCCUCAAACCCCUCCACCAAGAACACCGCCGCCAUAUACACCACCGCCAUAUACUCCUCCCCCGAGAACACCACCUCCUCAAACUCCUCCACCAAGAACACCACCACCAUAUAUUCCUCCCCCAAGAACACCACCUCCUCAAACUCCUCCACCAAGAACACCGCCGCCAUAUACGCCACCGCCAUACACUCCUCCCCCGAGAACACCACCUCCUCAAACUCCUCCACCAAGAACACCGCCACCAUAUAUUCCUCCUCCGAGAACACCUCCUCCGCAAACUCCUCCACCAAGAACUCCACCUCCCCGAACGCCAGGAUAUGUAUAUACUACGCCACCAACAAUCUUUACUUUCCCUCCUGCAACCAGGCCAACACUACCUCCUCCACUUCCACCUAAAACUGCACCUUCUUACCUACCGCCUUCUCCAACUAGACCUCCUUAUGUACCGCCAACUCCAAGGACAACAACAGAAGGAUAUGACUAUGAAGCUGGCUCAUUUGACAAUGAACAAGGAACGUAUUCUCCUACCAAAAGACCAACUACUCCACGAUUACCACCAACUACUGAAAGAUUUACCCCAAGAGUUACUACACAAUAUACCACACGACCUACUCCUCGCUUGACUACUCGAGUCACUCCGCCAUCUACCUAUCUUCCGCCUUACUCUACGCCACCCACUAGAUACACUCCAACCACAACCAGAUACACUCCAACCACGACCAGAUACACUCCAACUACGACUAGAUAUACUCCAACCACAACUAGAUACACUCCAACGAGAUAUACUCCAACUACGACCAGAUAUACGCCUACCACUACAAAAUAUACUCCAACUGUAAGAACGACUUAUUCGACUAGCACAUACACUCAAACCACGGGUACUCGACCACCACCGUAUCUUCCACCGUCAACCCCGAGGCCAGUAUAUCCAACUGUGACGGCGCCACCGCCACCCUCGCCGAUUUACAGCAUUACACCCAGCACGCCGACAUUGCCGCCACCGACUGGAAGACCGGCACCACCUCCAACUCUGCCGCCCACGACACCCAGGCCAACAUUAGGAUACAAUUACCCGAUUCCCGAUAUUCCGUUUGAUACUCGCAAACGAUGA